AUGGAUAUUUUAUUAGAUAAAAGAGCUGCAGAAGCCUUAAGUAUCCGUGCAAAAUACCCGAAUCGUAUUCCUGUAAUAUGUGAAAGAUCAAUACGUAGUGAUUUACCCGAUAUUGAUAAGAAGAAGUUUCUUGUUCCUAUGAAUAUGUUAGUUGGGGAAUUUAAGUAUAUAAUUCAUAAACAUAUUACGCAAUCUGUUGGCACAACUGAUAAUAAUACGAAGUUACCAAUAUCCAAUGAGAAGACAAUAUAUCUAUUUGUAAACAACACAGUCCCCAAAGCAGGAGCUCUAAUGCAAGAAGUAUAUGAGCAAUAUGUUUCGGAUGAUGGAUUUCUAUAUGUAGAGUAUAGCGCUGAGAAUACCCUAGGAUAA